AUGUCCAAGAUCUCAGUUGGAUCCGUCCGCGACAACGUUCAAAAGGUCCUCGAUGCCUCAGCCGCAAAGAAGCGCAACUUCACAGAGACCAUCGAGCUCCAAAUCGGCCUCAAGAACUACGACCCGCAGCGUGACAAACGUUUCUCUGGUACCGUCAAGAUGCCCAAAGUUCCCCGCCCAAACAUGUCCAUCUGCAUUCUCGGCGAUGCACACGACAUUGACCGCGCAAAGCACAUUGGCAACGACGCCAUGUCUGUUGAAGACUUGAAGAAGCUCAACAAGAACAAGAAGCUCGUCAAAAAGCUUGCAAAGAAGUACGAUGCCUUUGUUGCCUCGGAAGUUCUCAUCAAGCAAAUCCCACGUCUCCUCGGUCCUGGUCUCUCAAAGGCCGGCAAAUUUCCUACACCCGUCAGCCACGCGGAAGACCUCGCUGCCAAGAUCACCGAUGUGCGUUCUACCGUAAAAUUCCAGCUCAAGAAGGUGCUAUGUCUUGCGGUGCCGAUUGCCAACGUCGACUUUACCGCCUCAGAGGCCGUCAGCAACAUCAUGCUUGCCGUCAACUUCCUCGUCUCCUUGCUCAAGAAGGCGUGGCAAAAUGUAGGCUCUCUCAUCAUCAAGAGCUCUAUGGGACCGCCUUUCCGUCUGUACUAA